ACAGCCUCGUUGGGAAAGGUGAUUGCCUUCAAUUUAUCGGACAUCGGUGAAGGUAUCACCGAAGUCAGUAUCAAAGAAUGGUUUGUUAAAGUUGGCGAUCCUGUUGCACAGUUUGAUAAUGUAUGCGAAGUGCAAAGUGACAAGGCCUCUGUAACAAUCACAAGUCGCUACGAUGGAAUUGUUACAAAACUCUACUACGAGGUUGAUGAUAUCGCAAAUGUCGGUACUCCACUAAUUGACAUUGAAUUAAAUGAUGAUGCAGCCGACUCAGAAGGCAUUCAAAGUACUCCAGAACAGCAGGAUUCUACCCCGAAAGAGGCAACCCAGUCCAGGAAGGUGUUAGCAACUCCUGCUGUUCGCAAAAUUGCUAUGGAAAAUAAAAUUGAUCUGGCAAAAGUACCCGCUACAGGAAAAGAUGGGAGAGUCUUAAAAGAAGAUAUGCUUCGAUAUCUUGAACAACCACAAGCUUCAGAAACCGUUAAAGAACCUGCGCCUAUUUCGUCGAAACCGACUCCUAAGCAAUCGCCCAUUGACGAUGGUGUUCCUGUUCCCAUACGUGGAAUUCGCAAGGCUAUGGUUAAAACCAUGACCGAAUCAUUGAAAGUUCCUCAGUUUGGAUAUUGUGAUGAAAUCUCUAUGAAUGCCUUAUCUGACUUAAUCGCAAAAUGGAAACAAAGCGGUAGUACUCCAAUAGGAAUGAUGCCUUUUUUCAUUAAGGCGGCGUCGCUUGCUCUAAAAGAAUUUCCAAUUUUAAAUAGCAGCGUUGACGAAAACUGUGAAAAUAUUAUAUAUAAGAGUUCUCACAAUGUUGGCUUCGCUAUGGAUUCUGAACAAGGCUUAAUUGUACCGAAUAUCAAGAAUGUUCAGGAAUUAUCACUUGUCGACGUGUCAUUAGAAUUUAGCAGACUAAGAGAAUUAGGCAUGGCUGGAAAACUUGGAGUGGAUGAUUUAUCUGGUGGUACAUUUACCUUGUCUAACAUUGGAUCUAUUGGAGGUACCUAUUCACACCCUGUUAUACUGACUCCGCAAGUGGUUAUUGGUGCUUUCGGCCGAACACAGGUUGUUCCAAGAUUCAAUGAGAGUGGACAAGUGCAUGAAGCUAAAUUAAUGAACGUUAGCUGGUCUGCAGAUCAUCGCAUUAUUGAAGGAGCUGUGAUGGCCCGUUUUUCCAAUCUUUGGAAGUCUUUCGUAGAAAAUCCUCACUUAAUGCUAAUGCACCUCAAAUAA